CACUUAUGUGUUGUCAAUCUUCUUAUUAGACAAAAAAAAAAAACGAUUUCUCUUAUCAAUCCCAUUAUUAAAAUAAUGCAGUAAAUUUAUUUUAAAAUAAAUGCUCAACAGUCAAAAUGCCUUCUAAAAUUAACAAUUUGGAACCCCUUCUGCCGAUUACGGAUGCCACGAAGUUAACUUUUGAAAAUGACCCAGAAAACAAUGCCGAAAGCAGAAAACGAUCACAUAUUACCAACCUAAUUGAAGGCAAUAAAAUAACAUUGGAAAAUUGUCGAUCGCUUGCGCGAUCCGAAUACGGACUUGUGAGUGAUGAAUUGAGAAAAAUACUCUGGCCCAUCUUGGUCGAAGUAGAUGCAUCAAAUACAGAAUUGUCACAGCAAAUUGAUGAUUUAAAGCUCCAUGCAGAAUAUAACCAAGUUGUGUUGGAUGUUAAUAGAUCUCUUAAGCGUUUUCCACCCGGAAUUCCGUAUGAACAAAGAAUAGCUCUUCAGGAUCAACUAACAGUUCUGAUUAUGCGGGUGAUAAAUAAAUAUCCAGAUCUGAGGUACUAUCAGGGAUAUCAUGACGUUGCGAUAACAUUCUUGUUAGUUGUUGGUGAAAAAGUAUCAUUUGCUGUGAUGGAAAAGCUCUCAACAAGUCAUUUUAAGGAGUGUAUGCAUGAAACAAUGGACCCCACACAGAGGCGCUUAAUGUUCAUCUAUCCAAUUAUUAAAAACGAAAAUCCAGACCUGUAUAAUUUUUUGAAAAAAUCAUCUGUUGGAACUCUUUUCGCCCUGCCAUGGGUACUAACUUGGUUUGGUCAUAGCCUAAAGUCUUACAAAUGCGUUGUCAGACUCUAUGACUUUUUCCUAGCAUCACCAAUGUAUUUUUCAAUUUAUGUGACGGCUGCAAUAGUUUUAUAUCGGGCUAAGGAAGUUUUAAAGGAAGAUUGCGACAUGGCUUCUAUUCAUUGUCUUCUUUCACAGUUACCAGACGAAAUUCCAUUUGAAGAACUUCUUAAAGAUGCUGGCGUUCUUUAUGAUAAGUACCCUUUGUGUACCCUAGAACAAGAUGUUGACACAAUGAUUCGAAACGAAUUGGAAGAACGUCAAAGAGAAGUUGAAAGAAGUACCGCCGCUAGAAAAAAAUUACUUGAAGAACGGAGAUACAAGAAAACACUUCCUGAUAAUAUAUUACCAACAUUUUUGCUUAAAAAAUCAUUCAUCGUUACAACUACAUUCUCCAUCUUAUUUGGAAUUUGUGCAUAUUACUACAAAAGUCAGUAUUGGUCUUCUAGUGUUAGUUGAUUAAUGUCGAACUUGGGUGCAACGUACAUCCCAUUGAAGCCUGGAUUUAAAAUAGAUUUCAAUAUUAUAUGUUAAUAAUUCAGUUUAAAACUUAUAUUAUAUAUUAAAUAUUAAAUAACUGCUUUGUAAAUUAAGUUAAUUUAAGAUACGUAAAGUAAGACUUUUAUUUAAUAUAAUAUAUAAAUAUAUGUAUAGUAUGUAUAUGAAUGCAAUUUGUUAAAAAAAAAGAAAACUAUAUGCGAAUGGGCAUGAAUGAAAAAAAUAAACGCUUUGGUUGGACUUGA